UUCCGCAGGAUUCCGCCACAACAUCCGGUGUUUUUCUGUUGAUGUUCACGCACGUGCAAGAUAAGCAUAAAGCGCCAUAAGCCAAAAGUGGUCAUACAGCCAUACCCAGAACUUCGUCUUCAGUUUUCAAUUUGAAUGCCAAACUCCUGAGAGUCAAUCGUGCCUGUGUUUGUGCUAGCUUGCUUGCUGAAAAGUUGAUUUUACCCUCCAUGCGAAAGCCACACAUGCCUUCCUUCUCUAAACUUUAGCUCUAUUUCCUUCAAAGGUCAUCUCUGAUUUAUUCCACCCUGCAAUUUUUUCAGAUCCUUUUGUGGUCUGCAGUCAACCUACUGUGACAGCAAAUAUUGCAAUUUUGGUCAAUGAAGUGAUAUUCUCCAUCGCAAGAUAUUGGAGAACAUUUUGAAACUCCUUUCUUUGUUUUCAGAUCCUUUUGUGGUCUGCAGUCAACCUACUGUGACAGCAAAUAUUGCAAUUUUGGUCAAUGAAGUGAUAUUCUCCAUCGCAAGAUAUUGGAGAACAUUUUGAAACUCCUUUCUUUGAUUGAAAAAUUGCAAGAUGAGUAGUGAUUCAGAAAUUAGUUCGGGUUCAGAAUCAGAAGACCAAGAAGGCUCAGAUAGUACAUUCAGAGACAUAGAUGAUUCAGAAUAUGGAGAAGAGGAAGAACUGGAUGACUCAGAUGUGGCUAACGGAAGAAGAGAUUCCAAACCUCCUGCAGAACAUGAAACAAGAUCAGAUGAUGAUUUGAGAACCAAGAUUUGGAAUACCCUCCAAAAAAUUGAAACCCCCUACGCUUUUGCAUUCAGUGCAGUCAGUUCUUCACUUCCAAAUCCAGGACUCUAUUUUCCCCACCAUGGACUUGUGAGCCUACCACUUACAACUCAUGAUGCUCAAAAAAUAAUUUCACUGGCCAGUCCAUCACCUUUUGGUAGAGGAGAAGAGACCGUAGUUGACAACUCAGUUCGUAGAUGUUGGGAACUGAAUCCGCAGCAGUUUUCUAUCAAGAACCCAGCAUGGAAGAAUGCAAUGGAAGAAAUUUUGAAGGCAGUUGGUACAGGACUCAGUUUCAGGAGCAGAGGGAAGAUCUCAGCAGAUCUAAACAAGCUCCUCUUGUAUGAGCCAGGAGCCUUCUUUAAAGCCCACAGAGACUCAGAAAAAAGCAGCGGUAUGUUUGGCACCCUUGUCGUGUGUCUACCCUCGCCACAUGAGGGAGGGAAGCUUGUUUUGACUCAUGGCAAUGUGAAGUAUGAGUUUGAGACUUCCAAAUAUUCGACUUUCGAUACAUCAUAUGCCGCUUGGUGUGCUGAUAUUGAACAUCAGAUUCAAACGGUCACCGCUGGUUACCGUUUAAUCUUGGUGUAUAAUUUGAUUCUAAAAACAAAUUAUUCACUGCCAUCAUACCAUGUUGCUCUCGAGCUCGCACAAAGACUGUCAACGCUGCUUCAGCAGUAUGACUCUCAGCUCAAAGAGGAGAAUAGCAAAUUACCGCCAAUCAUUGUGCAUAAAUUGAAACAUAAAUACACACAAGCCAGUCUAAAAUUUAACUUGCUGAAACCUCAAGAUGUCCCUCAGGUUCAAACACUUAUUCAGGUAGCAACUAGUCUUGGAUUUGAUAUUUAUAUUGCAACUUUGGAGUUCAUGGUCAGUGAAUUAUCAAACAAAUCCAGGCAUUUAAACAACAUGGUAGAGCUUGACGGUAAUCUCCUCGUCGAAAGAAUGAAGUGUCCUGAUGGCGCUCUAAUAGAUCCUUGGCCGCAGGAUGGAAGAAAAGAGGAUAAAAAAUAUGAAGCUAAUUGGACAGGGAAUUCAGGUUGUGAAGCCACGUAUUGGUAUUAUGAUACUGUUGUUGCACUUGUUCCUCCUUCGAAGCAGCUAGACUUUGUAUUUCAAUUUAGGUCUGAGGGUGAUGUCACUGAGGCUCUAUUCACUAGACUAGUGCAGAAAUUCUUAGAAGAUCCAGCUCAGAAAUUAAAAUUAGAACAACUUUGUGAGCAGGCUGUGAAGCAUAAACCAGAGUAUUGGGAUGACUAUGAGACUGUUCCUCCCUUCUUUCAACAAGCAACAGCCAUCGUUUUAGAGUUGAGGCGUUUUGAACUUUUUGAUAUAGCGUGCGAAAGGUCAAAAUAUAAAGUCAUGUUUACGGGUGAAAUUCCUAAUAUUCUUGGUCAUUUGAUCGCAAAGAAAGAACUGGCCAAAAUUGAUGAUCAGCUCAUGAAAGGUUUACAUAAUGCUCCCUCACUUGCUGAAGCAGUGAAAUUUUUAGAAUUGGUUGCUAAAGGUUUUAAUGCAGCUUUACAAGACCAAGACCCAGCUGUAAGAACCAAUUUUGAGCAGUGGUCAGAUAAAGCACUGUUCUCAGCUAUAUCGCAACUUAAUGCAAUCACUAAAGCUGAUGGUUUGUCCUUAGGACUCUUGCAUAAGUCCAUGGACUGGAGUUUGUUUCAAACCAAAAUGAUGCCAGUCAUACUAAAAGCAGCAUUAGUGGUCAAGAUAACAUUUGUAAAUGAAUUGAUGUCAUUUUUACAAAAAAGUCUCUCCAAUGAACAGAGGUCAUUUAUUGAGUCGAUCAUUCACAAUAUCUGGAAUGAUUUUAACUUAGAUGCAGUAGCAGGUGUUGAACGGAAACAUUCUAUGUUCAGCUGGAUUGAGAUUAAAAAUGCCCUUGAAGAGAGCGAGCUAAAAAAAUUCAUGGAAAACACAAUUUCAAUUAUGUGUCCUGGAUAUAUUGAAACUACCGUGAUACCAGCCAUGCUGAGAGAAAUUCCCAAUGCAUCAAAAGAGUGCUCCGAGCAAUCAUGUAUUAAUUUAGUGCGCAUGAUUCUUAAAAACGAACUUGCAGGCUUCAGACUACCCAUCAGUGUUACAGCUCCUCCAGUAUCACAUAAAUGUCUGGUGCAAGCGCUCCUUAAAAAAUUUUUGAUGGAUCAUGUUGGCUGCGAACCCCAACCUCCAACUAAUUGGGCCCUCCCAGCUGGCGAGUGCCACUGUAGUGACUGUACAGUGGUUAACGAGUUUUUACAGGAUCCUGUCAAGAAGAGAUUAGAUUUUCCAGUGGACAAACAACGACGUCGUCAUCUCUACAAAAAAUUUAUUCAUCCAUGGCCCGAUUAUACAAAAGGAAUUGUCCAUGAUGAAGACUACGAUGUUCAAACUAUUCGGACUGGAAACCCAUACAUCUGGCAAAUCACCAAACAUCAAGGAAGACAUGAAAAAAGUAAAGCUGAAUGGUCAAAAAGAGCUGAAAUAGCCAAAAAAACUCUUUUGGCUUUGGAAAAGGAUGCACCUGUAAAAGGUAAAUUAGAGACAUAUCUAGAACCGUUCUACAAUAGUAUAAUGAUGGCUGAUGUCAGUGCACUUCCAAAUUUGACGUCUUUAGUUACUUUACCAAGUUCAUUGGAAGCGAGUCAACUUGCACUGCCCCUUGAUAACAAUAUGAUUAAUCAGCCAGGGCUGAAGAGGGGAGCUAGUCAAAUUGAGCUCCAGGAAGAUGAAUCUGCAAAGCUGUUUAAGGUAGAAAUGAAUUCUAUCGUAAAUUAGAAAACUUCCUUUCUUAUGAUGGAUUUUGUCUACAGUUUAGUAAAUUGUGUUUGUAGUAUAUUCUAACUGACGGUUGAUUGACAAAAUUUCCAAAAUUCUCUCUUCCAUUUGAUGUUCUAUCUACUUCAUGUUUAUUUUUCAAAACCCCAAGAAACUUAUUUUUAAGAGUCCUCUUUUACCCUAAAUUGUAUCAUGAGAUCCAAAGCCUGUAGGCGGUAUAAAUACAGUGGCCAUAGCUGACUGCUCUAUUUUCUUCUGUACCCUAUGCCAACUUCGGAUUCUUCAAGGUUUAUAUACAAGUACAUACUAAGAUGUAAACUUCUUCGUUUGUUAUACGAGGGGCGUUCAAUAAGUAAGUAUCCCCCCCUCUCUAAAAUCCAUAAGAAUGGACCAAUUUUAAAAAACUUGGGCUCAAAAUCUUCCUUAGGAUA